GGCUGUACUGAUCCAGGGACUCCCACUUAGCUCUCACUGAAGUUAACCAACACCCCCCCCUGACUGGCUUCUGGUGGCAAGCUCUUUAUGAACUUUACCAUUUGACUGUUCUGUAGUUGUUAGUAUUGUUUGGAGAAGUGUUAUCUUUCCCCCUUUUUUUUAUCUGAUCACAAUAUCUGUGUCAGCCACUUAUAUUUAGUGUAAAUGUCAUCAACAAGACAAUAAUGAUUCAUCACUGCUUAAUCUCUCUUUCGUUGAAGUGUGUCAAUAAUGAAUCUGUAUUGAUCCUAUAGUUAACCUUUGACCCUCUCAUACCACACUGAAAGAUCAAUAUCCGCCACCAGUACUGGUCUGUAGUAAUGUUGCAUUCAAUGUUGAGCUGGUUUAGUGGGAGAACAGGUUCCUCAAAUCCGUAUUCUGAUUUUGGGGGCAGUGAUGUCAGAGCCUAAGCCCCCGACCCCAACCCCAGCUGGUGACACAUACAAAGGAUGGGUCUUCAAGUGGACAAAUUACAUCAAGGGUUAUCAGCGGAGGUGGUUUGUCCUCAGCAACGGGCUGUUGUCGUACUACAGGACCCAGGCAGAGAUGGGCCACACAUGUCGGGGCACAAUCAACUUGGCCACAGCGACCAUCACCGUGGACGACGCCUGCAACUUUGUCAUCUCCAACGGGGGGGCGCAGACGUAUCACCUGAAGGCCAGCUGUGAGGUGGAGCGUCAACGCUGGAUCACUGCCCUCGAGUUGGCCAAGGCAAAGGCAGCUCGCAUGCAGGCGGAGUCAGAUGACUCCGGGGAUGACUUCUCACACUCAUCUGCUCCAGUGGCGCCUGGACAAGGUGGCGGCUCUCAGAAUUCCGAGGUCCAGACGGCUCUCAGAACACUCGGCAGCAAGGUGGAGGACCUCAGCACGUGCAAUGACCUGAUCUCAAAGCAUGGCUCUGCCCUCCAGAGGUCUCUAUCAGAGCUGGACAGUUUGCGUCUGACUGGAGAGGCUGGGGAUAAGAUUCGUCAGGUCACAGAAAGGGCCACGCUGUUCCGCAUCACCUCUAAUGCCAUGAUUAAUGCGUGCAGAGACUUUCUGAAUCUGGCUCAGGCUCACAGUAAGAAGUUGCAGAAGGCCCUGCAGGCAGAGCGGGAGCAGAGAGUGAGGCUGGAGGAGACUUUAGAGCAACUGGCCAAGCAGCACAAUCACCUGGAGCGAGCGUUCAGAGGGGCGUCGCAGGCAAACGCCACCGCAGAUAAUAAAGGUGCUGCCAGGCCAGGAAAAGGCGAGGCCAGUGACGAGGAAGAUGACAAUGAAUUCUUUGAUGCUGUGGAGGAGGCUCCAGAAUUUACCACUGUACCUGCAGAUCCACAUUUUCACAAAAGGUCUAGCAGUAAUAUCAGCGGUUUCAACAGUGAAAUGUGUCCUGAUGAUCAGUCGCUCAAUGAGGAACCUCUCGCCAUAAACCCAGAAUCCCCUUCUCAGGAGCUGGUGCCCUUGAAGGAGAGGCGAAAACGCAUCCCGGACAAACCCAACUACUCCCUCAACCUGUGGAGCAUCAUGAAGAACUGCAUCGGCAAAGAGCUGUCCAAGAUCCCGAUGCCUGUCAACUUCAACGAGCCCAUCUCAAUGCUGCAGCGGUUGUCGGAGGACCUCGAGUACCACGAGCUGCUCGACAAGGCCGGCAAGUGCCAGAGCUCCCUGGAGCAGAUGUGCUACGUGGCUGCCUUCUCCGUGUCCUCCUACUCGACCACCGUCCACCGCACGGGCAAGCCCUUCAACCCCCUGCUGGGAGAGACGUACGAGCUGGACCGCCGGCGAGAGAGCGGCUACCGCUCGCUCUGUGAGCAGGUGAGCCACCACCCUCCUGCAGCAGCACAUCAUGUGAUUUCUGACCGGGGCUGGACUCUGAGGCAGGAAAUCACUGUUGCCAGCAAGUUCAGGGGCAAAUAUCUGUCAAUCAUGCCUUUAGGCACAAUUCAUGCAAUCUUCGAAAAAGGCAACCAUCACUACACAUGGAAGAAAGUGACCACCACAGUGCACAACAUCAUUGUCGGAAAACUGUGGAUCGAUCAGUCUGGAGAGAUCGACGUAGUGAAUCACACCACUGGAGACCGCUGUCACCUGAAGUUUGCUCCUUACAGCUACUUCUCCAGAGAUGUGGCCAGGAAGGUGACCGGUGUGGUGAUGGACAAAGACGGCAAAGCUCACUACGUGCUCUCAGGGACGUGGGAUGAGAAGAUGGAGUUCUCCAGAGUGAUGCAGAGCAGCCGAGGUGGAGAGAACGGAACAGAGGGCAAACAGAAGACAGUGUACCAGACACUUAAAGCCAGAGAGGUCUGGAGGAGAAAUCCUUUACCUGAUGGAGCAGAGACCAUGUACUACUUCACCGCCCUGGCUCUGACCCUAAAUGAGUCCGAGGAGGGCAUGGCCCCCACCGACAGCCGCCGCCGGCCUGACCAGCGCCUGAUGGAGGAAGGUCGCUGGGAAGAGGCCAACGCCGAGAAGCAGCGGCUGGAGGAGAAGCAGCGCAGCGUCCGGCGUGAAAGAGAGAGGGAGGCCGCCAGCCAGCGCACCUCCAGCCAAUCAGAUGAAACUGUCGAUGAGGAUUCUCUUACUGAUCCCUCCUUAAAAAGCUCACCUUAUGACAACUACCAGGCACUCUGGUUUGAGAGCUGUGAGGACCAGAUCACAGGUGAACAAAUCCAUCUAUAUAAGGGAGGCUACUGGGAAGCGAAGGACCACGGCAGCUGGGAGGGAUGCCAAGACAUAUAUUGACCUCGGUGUUGACUGCAAAGUGCCCUGAAGAGACUGGUCCAUCAAAGCUGCCGGGUGGACGCCGACCACAGAGGCCUGCUUGCCCCCCUACACGGACGGCUGCUUCCCUCCAGCGGCUCUCUGUUCUAAGAGAUCUCCGGGACGGCCACUGCUGUCUGAUCCCGAGGGAGCAGGCUUUUCCCUCCUCGACCCCCUUUGUUGCCGUCACACAUCUGAGAAGGCUGAAAGUCUCUGUGCUGCUUUGUCCCGGGUCAGGCUGGGCAGAAAGGGAGGAAAUGAAACAGGCAGUGCUUCCAAAUCGAGAGUAGAUCCUCCUUGUAGUCUCUCUGCUCAAGUCUGUUCAGUCUCUCAGAUCAGGAGCAGGAGAGGUUUUUGUGCUGAAAACACCUUGUGCGAUAAUGUAGUGUACCUAUUGUCAUACACAGCAAACGUGUGCUUUGGUCAUACCUCUAAAAGUGCGACUAAGACCUGGUUAAUAUAUAGAUUUAUAAAUAAAUAUGAUAAUUUCAGUAAAAUGUCAACUGGUGGCCUUCAAGAUGUUAGCGAGGAUUUCAUGUUUCUCACUCUAUCUGAUUUAGUGUCUUAAUGUAAUGAAGUGAAGGUUCUAGUGUGCCUGUUUGUAUGAUUGCAUAUCUGUUCUUCCAUCACUUUACAUCCCUGCCGCUGUGCAGUAAAAAAAGAAAUGAUUGGCCAGAACGCUGGUUGACGUGGAAGAUGAACUUAAGGAAAGAAACCGUGAGGUGGUGAAGUUUUUUUGUUUUUUUUCGGUGCUGAGGAAAUCUCACAUAAGUGCAGUUUUAUAUAAGAACAGUUAAUGGAAUUAUCCAUUUUCACAGCGUCGGAAUAAUGUUUAGUCAUUUUGCUAUCAAAGCGAGUUACAUGGCAGUAUAAAUUGUAUUAAGAAGUGUUAAAUACUUGAUGUGAUCAAUUUCUUGUGACGGUAUCAAACGAAUGAGCAAAGACAACAAAUAACAUGUAAAUGCAGUGGUGAAAACAAACGUCACACCAUUUAUCUGCAGAAGAAUCCAAACAUAUGCAAGUAUAUUUUGACACCAAAAACGUGAGAUACAAUGUGUGUGUGUGCAUUUCAUAAUUUUGUUUGUAAGUGUACUUAAAUAUGAAGAAUAAAUAAACAAAGACUUUAAAGGAAA